AUGGCAACUGGGGGUGCCAGGCAGCCCAUUGGCGGGACGAAAAUCAUCGUCAACAACCUUUCUAAAACUAUAGAUGCUGACGAGCUGAAAACCAUGUUUUCUCACUUUGGCACAGUUACCCACGCCAACAUUUGCACCAAUAGAACGGAUGGUAGAAGCAUGGGUUAUGGUUUCGUUGAUUAUAGUAAGGCAAUGGACGCUGCAAAAGCAAUUGAGGAUAUGAAUGGCUUACAGCUUGGUGAUAAGAAACUACGUGUUGCCUAUCCUGAACCAGUAGAUGACACAGUAAAAAACGCAACUAAAGUUAUGCUGAAAAAACUUCCUGUUAAGUAUGAUGAAGAUAAGAUACAAGAACUAUGCUCCAAGUUUGGUAAAGUUGUCAAAGUUCGAUUGCUAAGAGAUAGUGUGACUAAUAGGUCACGCGCUUGUGCGUUUGUUUUUUAUGAAAAGUGGACUGAUGCUCAGCGAGCAGUGGAGGCUCUAAAUGAUUUUAAACCAGAAGGUGGAACCAGGAAUAUGGCUGUAAAGAUAGAUGAUACUGGUCCGAGAGUGACGCCAUACAAUCAGACAGGAGGGAGUAGGCCAGCCCCCUACGGUGCUCGCCCCCAACCCCAUGGUGGCAUGCACAGGCCCACUCCACAGAGUGGUCACCCAUAUAGCUCUGCACCACGGCCACCAUCUAUCCCUAGCUAUGGCACAGCUGGGAAGGGCAGUGUUGCAUUAUUUCUUUAUAACAUUGGCGAAUAUGUCAGCGAGCAUGAGAUCCACAACAUAUUUGCACAGUUUGGGGGGUUGGUGAAGAUUGACAUUGUACGUGACCCAAGUACACAGCUGUGUAAGGGAUAUGCGUUUCUGACAUUUGAGAAUAAAGGAGCAGCAGAAAAUGCCAUUUAUACCAUUGACGGAAUGAUGUAUCGGGGAAGACAAUUGCAACUUCGAUACAAAAAUUCUUAA